AUGAAGACACAACAGAUCAUGGAACUGGCCUCGCGGCCCAAGUUCACGACUGUGACACGGAGGAUUGACUUAUUGUCUCUUCCAACAGAGUGCCUAUGCCAGAUUUUGGACGAGGUUGUGGAGUACCGCGAAGAGAUUGACACCAAUCUCCGGGAUGCAGUCCGGCUUAUGAGAGUUUGCAAACUUUUCGAAACAGAAGUCAUUGGGGCAAUCUCACGAACAAGACUAUUGAGAAGGAUGCGAAAGAACCGCGAAGCCACCAUCCUGCAUCAAAGGGCUCAAACUACAGCCGGCGGAGCCUCCGCGGACUGCAAACUCACGGAAAACGGUGAUGCGAGUGCUUUCUUGGCGCGUCACAUCUAUGCACAGCCAUACCAACACCUGCCGUGGAAUGCGAACCUGUCGAGCGUCAUAAACUCACUCGCGGAUAAACUCAUGCAACAGGAUGGCAUAGAUCCUAUAGGAAAGCGAAGGUUCAGUUACAUACAUGACUUGUGUCGCUAUGCUGUGCAUCCUCAGCCAUCGCUAGCAAAUAUCACGACGCGAUACGGAAUAUGGAUGCUAUUUCAUCCGUAUUUUCAAUCCGCCCUCUUCCCCAAAAAGUGUACGAUCACCAAAGAAACAAUCGACAGCCUCUUACUUGUGGCCAGAAUCUAUCUUAGGAGAUCUGACGUCGAUAAUACGAUACUCUCAAAGAUUCUCACACACGGACCAAAAGCUCUGUCUUCCUAUCAACUCAUUGCCACGGACGAGUCUUCCGAUCAAGCUGAACGAAAGAAACUGACAAGGAAGAAGCCUCUGCUCGGCUCUCUUCUGGAGGCGGCGAUUCGAAGUGGCAAUCAGAACCUUGCCGCUCUCCUGGUGAAGUACGAGAUUGACAUGUCGCGGGGCAAAAGUUACAAGGCACCAGACGGCAACAAGAAAAAGAUUGAAAAGUACUACGAUACCUACUUUUGUCGAAUGGCACUCAAGUAUGGGGAUGUGGAGACAUUCUCAGUUCUGCUUGAGUGCUCGGACGGUCGGAUGCUGCGAGGAGAGUUCGCGGACUUGCUUAUGCAAGUUGUAUGCGAUGGACAAAUGGAAGCACUGCGACUUUUGCUGAAAUGCCCUUACUCAAUUCAGGAGCCUCCUGUACGAGACCCUGUUUGGGGACGGCAGUAUCCGGCGUACGGGUCGCAGCAUCGAGGAGUAGAAACAGGCUUGGAAGAAGCCAUCUCUCACGGUUAUGCGCAGAUAUUCGGCAUGAUCCUAGAUUCUGCCCACGCAAACGAUAGAAACUACUGGAUGUGCAGAUGGGAAAAGACUUGCGGCUUACCUUGGCUGUCUGCGGAACGGCCUUAUGAUGGGAGGUUUCCCAUCGAGAUCGCGGCCGAGUGCGGGGAUGAGCCCAAGUUGAACUCACUGCUGGUCGAAGGCUCCAGUCCUUACGGCCCCAGUCUGAGGUGCGUCGAGGCCUAUGCGAAGAAAUCAAAGCCUGGUUUGAGCAUUACCCAUCUCAUGCCCAUGGUAUCUGCUGCGAAAAACUGGCAUAUCGGAUCAGCUCUCAUUCUGAUCAAAGGUGGCUUCGUGUGCAGCGAGCAGGAGUGGUUACUUGUCAUGGGCACCGCGAUAACGAGCAGACGACAUGGGAAAGGAGCCGGCGCUUUGAAGGGAGACGAUGGAGAAUGGGAACAGACUGCCCAACAACGAGACGUGGUAUUUUGGGAAAGGUUGUUCGAUGCUAUUACUAUGGACUUCUAUCAUCUCGAAGAUGACUGUCCGUGGUGUCGAACGUUCCCAGUUUACAUGGUCUCUCCCCUUGGGAGAAGUGUAGGAGCUGCGCGAGAUUUCAUCCGCACUGCUCUUCAGAUCAGUGGCCACAAGGAGUUCGAGUCGCGCUGGGUCGGUGAGACAAAUGUACUGUUUACGGUGUGA